AUGACUGUUGCAUUCAAGACGCCACCAAGUGCACGCUGGAAGUCAUUCGAGGGAUGGGAUUACAAUGGCAUGAAGCAACGACUAGAACAAUUCAUGUCAACAAUCCACAAAGCAGCGCUUCUGGAGCACGUCGAACGAGUCUCCGGAAAGGCAGCAACCAUGAGCGAGCCGUUCUCCGCCGGACAAUACUGGUGUUGCUUCGAGUUUGUUCUUGACGACCAUAGUUUGAUUAUAGCUCGCGCUCGACUACCUCGGCAUCCAGAUAGCAAUGAAAAUACGACUGACGCUUCAGAACUAUAUGCUAUCCAGUGCGAAGUAGCAACCAUGAAGUUCCUCCAGAGCAAUGUCACGACAAUUCCUGCGCCUAAAUUGUAUGCCUACGAGCCGCCAGGAUCGCAGCAAGCGGUCGAGGUUGGGGCAUGCUAUAUGCUGAUUGAGGGGUUCUACGGGAAUACAUUGCAAGACGUGAAGUUUGAUAUCUGUGACCUUCCCGUGAAUACUCAAGAGCAUAUUAUAGCUCGUUGGACGUCCAUCCAGGCCGAGCUAGCCACGUUCUCCUUCGCUCAAAUUGGUUCCAUCUCACACUUUCCCACAGAUGGACAAGACGUGCCGACAAUUGGUCCUCUUGCUGCUGCUGUAGCAGAGAACUUCUCGUCUGGGGGUCCUUUCGCAACCUCCCAGCAGUAUUUUGCAGCCGUUGGAGAGGCCAGAUACACAUCUGCUCGCAAAGAUAUUUCCGAGGCCGGUGAACUCGGUGAAUCGGAUAGAUUUUGCGUCUUGGGCGCUUUCAUUUUCUGCGACAUCGUGUUUAAUACUGAGUUAUUCAAGGACCGGAUGUCAUCUUUCCAUCUUAAUCAUAUGGAUAUGGGAACCCAGAACAUUCUCGUCGAUGAUGACUUCAAUUUUUUAGCCAUCAUCGAUUGGGAGUUUGCGCAAACGGCACCUGUGCAGGUUAAUCAUUUCCCAAAGAUACUUCAGGACCCGGAUCACAUAGCUUUCCGCAAUGUUUCGCGACAAACCGCAGCACAGAAGCUGUAUCAGCAAAAGUUUCAAGAUGCAGAACAAAGCCUAGCACGAAAAGGGAGACCAGUCAUUCCUUCUAUUGCAGAUGGAUUGCAAGGGCCUGCUUCGAGAAUAUACGCGAUCCUAGAGAAGCUUGGGGGUUCUGGGGAACCUCUACGGAGCUUACAUAUGAGAUCGUACGGCUCGCUUUUGGAUUUGAAGGCGAGGAGGCGAGGAGGCGAGGAGAUAUGUCGAAGAGAUGGAGAUGAAGAUGGAUGGGACGAAAGGUUAGUAUGGUGGAUGUAAAGAUGGAGGGGAAGGACGACGAUGAUACGUAAUCAAAACGGAUUUAUCAUCGAAAGACAUGGACAUGAGUUGGGUUCCUAACAAGGCCAGUAGGGGACCUUCUUGAUCAGGUUAUGCGUCCAUCUCUGACGCAUAGCACAGUAGUGUGAGGGGGAGGGGAGGAAUGAGUAGGGAAAGACAGGCUUGGUCACCAGGAUAUUGAUGUGUCGUGCCGAACUGCAAGGCACUAAGAACUGCACGUAUAUUAAGUGGUAUAUGUCUACAAAAGCUUCAAGACAAACUGAAGUCGGAGUGUUGAUCGGUGAAAGUAAGUUUGAGUGCGGAGUACGGAGUAGACAAGUAACUAUAAUU